CGAGGGGAAGAAGGGAGAAAGUACUUCCUAAGAAUUGGUUGCCACAGUUUGUCCGCAGAUGAGGGAGUUGUGGUGUAAUUUAAACUGCACCUGGUCCGUCGACACCCGCCACGCGUGAUAACUUGGCCUGCUACACGGCAUCGUCUCAAAGCAAGAUAAGGUCCGUGGAACGACGGGCCGUAGGAAGAGAAAGCGCAGCCGCUAAUGCAAUAGAACACACCCGACUGAUUAGCGAGCGCCGCGUGUGAGAACAUGCAUAGCUGCAGCACACCCAUUGUUUGCGAGCGCCGCAAACCCCUUCCUAGUGGCCGUUUAAUCGCUGCCAACUGCUGCUGCUGUUACAACAUAGCCGCGUCUCACAGAAACCAACGUGCUUUCCCUCCAGGUUGUUACUUCUAGGAGGAGAGCCAAGCAGUUGUUACAGCUUGCGGGGCAAUGAUGCUGGCAUCGUUUUCGCGUGAAGGCAAGGAUGACGAGAAGGAGGACGACGAGGUGGUUGCUGAUGAUGACGAUGCGCACAACGACCUAGCUGCUGCAGGGGCAGCAGCAGGAGGAGGAAGGAGAGGAAGAGGAGGAGCAGGAGGAGGAGGACGAGCAGACGAUGCAGAAGAUGAGGUGUCGCGGGUGUUGAAGGCGAUGGAGGAGAGGUGGCCCCGCGGCCGACACAUCCUGGGGUAUGCCGCACCUGCGCCGGCGGCGGCGGCGAAGGGAGAGGGUCUGGAACGCUUCAGGGCGGUGGCGGCGGUUCUCGACAAUCACCCGCUGCCCAUGGAUGAUGGGAAGGAGGCUUUGCGACAGGCUGAAGGAGGGGACAUCACGACAACUCGAUUCUUCAGAGAUAUCGCUCACCGCGGCAACCGACACUCGUCUUGGGCCUGGGCGGAGGUGUUUUCGAAGUCCCUGCUUCCUCGAGAUAUGAGCGAGGCAUGCACCCAAGGUUUCAAGGCCUGCCUUCAAGGAUCAACCCCCGCGCACGACCUUCUGCCGGCCAUGUCAUUGUUCUUCGCCUACGGGGCGGUGGUGGAUCCGAAGAAUCUGACAGCCCUCUCCGAAAUCCUCAAGCUGGAGGAAAUGAAGGACUGCUUCUUGGGAGGCUUGUCCUUCGUCGACAACCCCUUCAUCCCUGGCCUGAGCUUGUCCGUCGCCCUGGAAGAAUCCUUCAAGAACGCUCCCGAGAGAGAAAGACGGUUCCUAGAGGCUCUCCAGAAGGCCAUGGACGCCCUCCUCCUUGCGGUGCUAGACCGGCUGCCGCAGACGAUAGCCAGCUUCCCGGGGGGAGUCGGCGGCUGCGAAUCCGUCCUCGAGCCGGAGGUGGCCGGGGUCGUGCGGGACAGAGACUUCCGGGGCCCUCUGAGGCUCGCACUGCAGGAGAGGCAGUUCUCGAAGACGCUGUGUAUUGCGCCGCUCAUGUUCGAGUACAUGUGCUACAGGUUCGUAGCCGGCCUCCCAGACCUCCAAGACUCGACCGACUUGCUCGGGAGACGAGAGGAGAGGAGAACGAGGACGUCUUUGCAAAGCAGCGGCCCCGUUCGGGCGCCGGUGGCUAGUGCGGCAAGCGUCAGCAGCGUCUGCACCGAUGGCGGUGGCGGUGGCGGUGGCGGUGGCGGUGGCGGUGGCGGUGGCGGCGCCCCACCCUCCUCCUCCCCCCCCUUGGGGACGCGCCGCGGACGCAAGGGGCGAGGCUUCCUGUACUCGGACGGCUUCGUCGCCGGCUCUGCGACCGAGAGGCUGCUGCAGGGGCUGGGCUGGACGGGGCGGAGGGCGGCGGAGGCGUUGACGCCGCCUCCGGAAAGGCGAGGAGGACUCCCAAUAGACGUUACAUUAUGCCGCAGCGAUGUACUUGUGCCGAGUGACUGGGAAACAGUUUUCAGCGGAACCUUCCUGCCCGGCGCGCAGUUUGUUCUGGUCGGGAUCCUCACCAAGCCCUUGGCGUACUACAAGGUGCCGGUGAUGCGGAUGCUGCUCGGCUUCUACGUGCACCUCAUCACGCUCGCGCUCUACACGACGGUGGCGUUGGAGAGCGACGACGCCGAGCUCAGCAACACCGAGAUUGCCCUGACGUUCCAUGUCAUGGCCGAGAUCGUGAGCAACCUCCUCCAAAUGCGGGCGGGCUUCGUGGAGUUCUGGCGGGACAAGUGGAACUGGUUGGAGAGCCUGUCCCUGCUCCUGCUGGCGGGAGGGCUGACCAUCCGAAUCGACAACAGGGACGUGCACCAGGGUCGCGCGUUGUUCGCCCUCAGCGCCCCGCUCGUGUUCUCUCGCGUGCUGUUCUUCGGGCAGUUCUUGAAGCGCCAGGGCCUCGUGAUUCAGGCGAGCUUGAGCGACGGGUUGUGCGCUCACCACGACGUUGUCGUUGUGCAUCUUGGCGCGUGA